AUGGCCGGCUCCCAUGAUCCCUGCACCAAGCUGCUGGUGGUGGCGGUUACGACAGCCUUCUGCUUCUUUCUGCUAAACGCCAUCUGCAGGCAGUACUGGGGCGCCUGGACCUUUGAAGACGAGGUCUUCGGCUGGGAGUCCGUGGAGUGGCUCCAGACGGAGUGUCAGGUCCUGGCAGCGGGCGUCAGCUGCAUCAACACCCGGGACACCAACCGAGAGGAGGAGUGGGGUCUUUGCAAAGACGACGACUACGCCAAUGCGACUUUGCUGUCUUCGCAGCCUCCGGUCUUCUCGGUGUGGCAAAGGGCGGUGUGUCCGGGCACAUUUUGGUGUGCCAACGAGCAUGAGCCGUGCGCCUGUCAGGGAGAGAUCACUUUCGGGCCCGCGCUCUUCGAUGGGCUCCGAUACUCUCAGUAUUCCACGCUCAAGGUGGCCUCGCGCUUCACGGUGCAGUCCAAUGGCUCGUGGCUCUGCGGCGCAGACCAGCAGGGCCAACUCUUCAAAGGCGUGGGUUCCUUGGGCGGGGCCAACCGGCCGAAGCACUGCUGGUGCACGCCGCGUCGUAUCGCGGCCACGGUGCAGGCGCCUUAA